GUCUGUAUCUCCAUGAUCUACAGAGAGACCACUCAAAAUUAACAACAAAGUCGCUUUCUCCCCCCCAACGUGAUAUUUCCUCCCCUUUUCUUCUCCUUCUUCGUCUCUCUCGUCCCUAACUUGAAUCAGGGUUUUAUGAUUUUCUCUAUCCUUUUCCCGUAAAACCAAGAGAGGAUAAAGGCAGAGACUUUUUUAAAAAAAAAUCAUUUCUACUGAACUGCUUGUUUAAAUCUCCAGGUUUUAAUCGGUUCUGGUCUUAAGAGCCAUCACGAUGAUGUUUAACGAGAUGGGUAUGUGCGGGAACAUGGACUUCUUCGGAGAACUCGACUUCUGUCCUCCUCCUCCACAGCCUGAACCUGUUACUGAGGAAGACUACACUGAUGAAGAGAUCGAUGUUGAUGAGCUCGAGAGGAGGAUGUGGAGAGACAAGAUGCGCCUCAAGCGUCUCAAGGAGCAGAAAGACAAGAGCAGAGAAGGAGCCGUCGACGCUGCUAAGCAGAGACAGUCCUCUCAGGAGCAAGCCAGGAGGAAGAAGAUGUCCAGAGCACAGGACGGGAUCUUGAAGUACAUGUUGAAGAUGAUGGAAGUCUGCAAAGCUCAAGGCUUUGUCUACGGGAUCAUCCCUGAGAACGGGAAGCCUGUGACUGGGGCAUCUGAUAAUCUCAGGGAGUGGUGGAAAGAUAAAGUUAGGUUCGAUCGUAACGGUCCUGCCGCUAUAAGCAAGUACCAAGCUGAGAACAGUGUCCAGGGCGUUUGUGAAGGUGGUAGUAGCUUGAUUGGACCUACUCCGCAUUCUUUGCAAGAGCUUCAGGACACGACUCUGGGGUCUCUUUUGUCGGCGUUGAUGCAGCAUUGUGAUCCUCCUCAGAGACGGUUUCCUUUGGAGAAAGGCGUGCCUCCUCCGUGGUGGCCUAACGGUGAAGAAGAGUGGUGGUGUCAGCUUGGUUUGCCUAAGGGUCAAGGCCCUGCUCCUUACAAGAAGCCUCAUGAUCUGAAGAAGGCGUGGAAAGUGGGUGUGUUGACUGCUGUUAUCAAGCAUAUGUUUCCUGAUGUUGCGAAGAUCCGGAAGCUUGUGAGGCAGUCUAAAUGUUUGCAGGAUAAGAUGACUGCUAAAGAGAGUGCUACUUGGCUUUCUAUUGUAAACCAGGAAGAGUCCUUGGCUCGGGAGCUUUAUCCCGAGUCGUGUCCUCCUUCUUUAUCAGGUGGAAGUUGCUCCCUUUUGAUGAAUGAUUGUAGUCAGUAUGAUGUUGAAGGUGUUGAGAAGGAGAGUCUUUAUAAAGUGGAAGAGCUCAAGCCUGUAAAGGAAGAAGUCCCAACGGAGUUCAGUAGAAAGAGGAAGCCAAGUAGAGAUCUGAACACUAUAAUGGUGGACAGAGCAGCUUUCACCUGUGAGAAUCCUGGGUGUGUCCAUAGCGACAUCAGCAGGGGGUUUCUGGAUAGGAGCUCAAGAGACAACCAUCAGUUGGUUUGUCCACACCGAGACACUUGCGUACCGUCUAGGUUCCAUCUCAAUGAAGUUAAGCCUGUCGUUGGAUAUUCUCAGCCAAGGCAACCAGUGAACUCGCUGGCUCAACCAAUUGACUUAACUGGUAUUGGAGUUCCUGAAGAUGGACAGAAGAUGAUCUCUGAGCUCAUGUCCAUGUACGACAGAAACGUUCAUAGCAGCCAAACUUCUAUGGUCAUGGAGAAUCAGAGCGUGUCACUGCUUCAACCAACGGUCCAGAAUCAUCAGGAACAUCUUCAGUUCCAAGGAAACGUGGUGGAAGGUAGUUUCUUUGAAGAUUUAAACAUCCCAAACAGAGCUAAUAACAGUAACCAAACGUUUUUCCAAGGGAACAACUUUGAAGCUGCGCUUAACAACAGUAGCAGCAACGGGUUUCAGGUUGUGUAUGAUGCUCCACCGUUUGACAUGGCCUCAUUCGAUUACAGAGGUGAUAUGUCAAUGGUAGGUGUAGUAGGAACGAUGGAUGGUAUGCAGCAGAAGCAGCAAGAUGUAUCCACAUGGUUCUAAGUCUUGGUAGUAAAUUUUAAUCUUCUGUUUAUUUUUUGUCUUUCGUGUUCUUACAUCUACCAUGUAAUAUUUUUCUGGGUUGUCUCUAUGUCUCCUCACUUGUUAUGAGUCUGUAAGACUGUUACUGUCUAUGUCGGUUAUGGGCUGGUGAGUCUCCCUCAUCAUCAUCAGCUUCUUUUACAUUUACACACCCCAUGCUUGGGGAUGAACAUAAGUUUGUAUAUUACAUAUGAUUUGUAAUUUCUCUUAAUUACUCUCUUUGUUUUGUUUA